ACAUAACUAUAGUUCUUUAUGUAACUGGAUGCAUGAUAUUACUUAGUUGGCCCAAUGUUGGCCCUGUGUUGGGUUAUUAAUGUAAAUUAAUAACAUUACCUAUAGUAAAGUUGUGAUCUUUUCGCAGAAUAUAAUACUGUUGUGAUACAACGGUUCAUUGUAUGAAAAACUAUACCUACAAUAUCAUUGUUGGCCCUUAUUAUAGAAAUAGAAAUAUGUAUGUGCUUUAAAACUAUUAGAUCUAUAAUUAAAGGUUAAAGGGACAUUAUUAUCGAUAUUGUUCAAGUUUUUUAUUUAAAAAGUAGUUUUUAUUAAUUCAAAAGACAUUAUAUUCAUAUAGUCACUGAGCUGCUGUCAAAAUACCACAAGCACAUAAAAUUAUGCCUGUGUGUGUGUACAGUUAAUAUACCCUCACUAACGAUGAACUAAGAUCGAAAGGGACAAAUGUUGGUGUAAACACUGCACUAAGCAGAAUAGAUAAGAGAAAGUUUCAGAAUUAAGCAAUUAACGCCAGCAGGAACACAGCGGGAUACUGGUCAGCCGGGGAAGAAAUGAAGAAAUUUUAUAGGAUGGUCAGAAAGCAGCAAGGUCAUUUUUCCCGCCAGUGGUCUGAGAGAACAAAGAAGUGAGAAUAAGUGAGGAAUAAAACAUCAAGAAAAAUGUCAAAAAAGUUAAAAUAUGCAGUGGUUGAGUUCACUGAAGAAGAUGAAGUUGAGGUGGUACCAGUGGGAUGGCUAGCAGAUGGUGGAAAUAAAUGUAACUGGCCAAACAUAAGAUCAACAGCAAAAAUAUCGUCCUUAAUAAAGGCUGAUGUAGCACCUAAGGACGACUUUAAAUUGCUUCCAAUCAGAGUCCUGGCCAAAACAGCUGACUAUGAAGAUGCUCGAAAAAAAUGCUCGAAGGCCACCUAUACAUCUGAUCUUCAGACGGAUGCAGAGGAAGCAACGCCAAAAAGAGCUAAAAGGCCAAACCCACGCUUUAUCCCCUCGGAAUCAGAGGAGGAAGAUGAGGAGGAACCUCUUAGAAGGUCACCAAGAAAAAACAAGAAGACCUUACCAAGUGUGCCCUCAUUACCCCCAUUACCCUCACUUCCAUCACCACCAGCACAAGCAUCAAGACCUUCCUGUAAUUCUACCAGCAAUACGCUGUUUGAUAGAGGUCCCAUGAGUGGCCAAGCAGCAACAGAGAAAAGAUUAUUCAAUUGUUUGGAGAAAUUGCUCACAAACGUUGAAGAACUAAAAGUGCAGACAAACAUCAAUACCAGGUUGCUUCAAAGUAUGAAUGCAAAAAUUGAAGUGGUUAAUGGUCGCAAUUGUGAGGACCAAGAAACUUCAAGCUCAAUAGAAAUAGAUUUUCCACUAAAGACAAAGGAGGAACUUGAAAAACUAGAGGAUCUUCUUUUGAGCUGCGAAACCACUAAAAACUUAGUGAGGUCUCUUUCUACAAUUGGAGGAGAGAACAUAAAGACAAAUGUUCGACGACUUCUUGCCUACAUGUUUUCAACAGAUCUUGCAAAAGCAAUCAAUUGGAUCGGAAAGGGUGGAAAAACGGCAUUUUCUACCUUGAAAAUAAAAGAUGUCUUGACAGCUACAGUUCGGAAAAACAGACUAUGUUCAUCGGCAACGGACUCGGAAAUAUUCGAAGUUGCUAAAAACUGGUUUAGAUUCGCAAGCGACAGGGAUGGGGGGCGUAAGAAAAGAGAAGAAAAAAAGAAAGAAAAGGAAAUGACUGAUCAGCAAAGUGUGGAGGAUCAGACCCAACAUUGAGCAAACAUUUCACUUUAACUCCAUGCAAUUUGUUCUGAAAAUAAGUAAUAGAGUUACAAGUAAUAAAUAUCAAUGUCAUUAUUAUUAUUGUUUCAUUAUCUCAUUAUUAUCAUAAUUUGAACCGAUGUUGUUAUUUAAGCAUUAAAAGUCUAACUUGCACGCAAUUUCAGUUUAGUUAUACAAUGGUACAAUGCUGGGUCGACAUAUCUAAGGCAUAAGGCAGCAUUGUGGACUUCAUAUUUACAUUGCAGACAAAAGCGCAAUGUUGGAACAAUGUAAAGAACUGAACAGAACGUUACCCAAACAUCAGUUGGCAAUUGGUAUAUUUAAAUAAUGUUGUAACAACGAUUGCAAUUUAACAAACCGCAUUGUACCAACGUUGGACCAACUUUAUUAUCUAAUUUUGAUCAGAAUUCCAGCGUUGGGCCAACGUAACAAAAAAUUUAGUAGGUAUUAGUAUGUUGGAGUAACGUUGUACCAACAUUGACAUAUUAACCAAGUAUGUUGUACCAACCAAGGCCCAUCACGUUGGGCCAACGAUUGCAAUUUAACAAACCGCAUUGUACCAACGUUGGACCAACUUUAUUAUCUAAUUUUGAUCAGAAUUCCAGCGUUGGGCCAACAUAACAAAAAAUUAAGUAGGUAUUAGUAUGUUGGAGUAACGUUGUACCAACAUUGACAUAUUAACCAAGUAUGUUGUACCAACCAAGGCCCAUCACGUUGGGCCAACGAUGCACCGAUGAGCAAAAGGACA